AGAAGAUAUAUGCAAGAACAAUACAUCCAGUGGUAUCCAAUUGUUUAUGAAGAACUGACCAAAGAGGAAAGGGAAAGGGGAUUAAUCUGUGAAACCACAGAAGCCGAUGGUGUGUGUUUAUGGGUCAGUCAAUUCUCUCCCGACUUGAUCGAUGCUGAACGCUCUUACGGGUAUGUAUCUGAAAUUUCUAACUUUUAAAUUUGACGUUGACAGAAGGGGCAAGUGCACAAUUCCAUUCAAUGCUGUAUUAAAUGAAGAAGGAAAUUCCGAUGCUAUCUGCAGGCUGGUUUCGCGCGAGAGAACCUAUCUUAUUAAUGCAUCCGUGUACAAAACUCAACCUCCAGGUGAGCCAGACGUACUGUUACCAUAUAUAUUUCAUCAAUACUUAGGACAGUUACAUCCCACUUCCACAGUUUCAACGUUAUUUGAUCGGGCAUGUAUGCAGCCCGUUAUCAGUUUGGCGAGUGUCCACCAGAUGCAACUUUUGCAGCCAUGGUUUUGUACCAGCUCUGAAGGAGUUCAGUUCUCUUCUUUUUGGCCAGUAUUUUUCAAGCAUUUGUGUCAGUCUUCCACAUCAAUCAGCUGUGCUGCCUGGGCAGACCCACUACCAAAAGUAUCGAUUUUGUUCAACGGACGACCAUUAUCAUCCCUGGAUGCUACGCACGGGAUUCGCAUACGCGGUUUGAAUCUCACCAUUUGGCCCGAACAGUUGCUCAGUGGAGAUGUGAACAAAUCGGACUCCAACAACGCAGCUGUAAUCAGCUGCCUGGCUGACUCCAAAGACGGACGGAAUAGCCGGCAUCAUGUCCUCUUUCGCGCUGAAAAUUGCGACCAAUCAUCAGACGAAGAUCAGCAUUAUUUUACUCCAACUAACAUUCAACUGGAAAAUUGGCCAACAUUUUUCAUGAAGCAACAUUGGCCAAACGAUGAUCCAGGCAACCCAUCAUUUGUUGGUUGGUUUGUCUCAAAUGAUAGCAGAACCCCUGAAGCCAUCCGAAUGUGUACAAAAGACUCAAAUUCGUCCGUGCCUUGUCCAACAUUAAGUCAUACAGAAUUUCGAUCCACUCAGCUGCACACGGAUGCUCGUUCAUGGAUGCAGUACCCCUACCGAAUGGGCGUCGCUUGCUACGCACAGAAAGGAUGUGUGUACCAGACAUUUUACUAUAAACCCUCCAGCAGUUACUCUGCUGUAGCUGCCGGCUCAUUGGUUUGCUUGAUGUUGCUGGUAAUCCUCAUUCUGGCCGUUUGUUCAGUAAAGACCAUACGAAAGGCGAUCUGGAAGAAAGUGAGAGUUCGAUGGAAACUUGGUUGGCGUACGACAGUAUGGAAAGUGUUUGAAGACGACGCCAAAGAGGAAUGGAGCUUUUCCCAGUCUGAGGCCCUUGUUAAACAAAAGCCCGUUCCUAAGCAUUUGCACCAUCCAGCAGCGUGGUUGUACCAUAACAGUCCUCGAGCUUAUUUUGAUGAGUCGCGCUUCUGUCCCAACUGCAGGCAGUCCCAUACUUCGAUGAGCUACGAAAACUUGCACACCAGAGUCAAUUUGUCCGGUUUCGUUCGUGAUGAAAGGCGCUACACCGUCAGUCUUCCUAGUUUAACUGGAGAAGGGGACAACGAUCGAACUCGCUCUCAACAGCGUAAAUCUACCAAAUGGGGUAAACUGAUCGAUAGCGUGUGGGAGAUCAAUCCGCACCACAUUCACGUAUCCCACUUGUUGGGACAGGGUGGAUUCGGUCGUGUAAUGCGCGCGAAACUAAGACUGCCGACCGCGAAUGAUAAGGAUUUAACUUGCUCCAGACUCCGUCAACAUAUCGCCUCGAUUAUUGGUUCUCAUUCGAAACUCCACAACAACAACAACAACUGGAUGUGGGUCGCAAUCAAAGAAAUACUCUCACCAGAUGUUGGGGACACGUCCGAUCAUUCGUUGGAUCAACAUAAACAUAUAGCCGAUCCUAGGUCAGACACAUGUUCAUCCAACAGCCUGUGCCAUUACGCGGAAAUAAUCUCGUCAGAUGCUGGACAAACUGAACAAAAACCAAUCGACUUAUCCCGGGUAGGACGCGGUCCUAACGACGCUGAUCCAAAGCGUUUCCAUUCAAAUCACCGCAGGCAACCGUUUACGAAGAGAAAUGAUGUCUUCGAGGCAGAGUUAGCGGUGAUGAAGUCCUCGGGGAUACAUUGCAAUGUCGUUCGUUUUUUCGGUACAUGCUACCUUCCAGUGUUUGGUUCAGUCUUGGUCAUUGAAUACUGUCCAUACGGAAAUCUACGUACCUAUCUGCGUGCAUUACGGUGCAAUUUAACGCAAAAUCAGGCUGAAAUGCCACAACUUCAGCAACAGCUCAACACAUAUGUGUUCCAGAUCGCCGAAGGAAUGCGCUACUUGUCGUCACGCAAUGUAAUGUUUGGUUCAGUCUUGGUCAUUGAAUACUGUCCAUACGGAAAUCUACGUACCUAUCUGCGUGCAUUACGGUGCAAUUUAACGCAAAAUCAGGCUGAAAUGCCACAACUUCAGCAACAGCUCAACACAUAUGUGUUCCAGAUCGCCGAAGGAAUGCGCUACUUGUCGUCACGCAAUAUUAUCCACCGGGAUUUAGCCGCACGUAACAUUCUACUUGGUUCCAACUGGGUGUGCAAAAUUUCAGAUUUUGGUCUGUCGCGGGUGCUGGAAACCAGCUCAGACUACUACUUACGAGAUCGCGGUGCACUUCCAAUGAAAUGGCUUGCUCCGGAGGUUUUGGAGAGCAGACGGUUCUCCAAAAAGUCGGACGUAUGGUCUUACGGCGUGUUGUUGUGGGAAAUCUACACCCUGGGUGGUACUCCGUAUACACAUUUCACUCUCGAACAGGUGCGAAACAUUGUCCAGCACGGAUACCGGAUGUCCAAACCACCACUGUGUCCUCAGUAUAUAGGAGCUCUAAUGCAAGAAACAUGGAACAGUAUACCGCAAGACCGCCCGGACUUCGCACAGAUUGUACAGCGACUCAGUAACUUUCUACAGGCACAAUAGGAAAGAUAUGCGU